UUCACGCGAGUGACGCCGCUCAGAUGGAUGCAACGGAUGAGAACGUCCGCAGCUCUGGUUGGCUGAAAGUGAAAAACGAAUCUGAUGCACUUCAUUGGUCAGACUCCGCGCCAAUCUAUUUAAAAAAAAAAUACGAAUUUUAGAGACGUUUUAUACAGUCUGUUAUAAUACAGUUACUAUACCAAAUCAUCAUGCCAGCAAAAUGAAAACUGAAGAGACAUUUGAAUUCUGACGAGAGUCAACCAGAGACGCCAAGAACAACAAAAUAUAGAAGACUUCAACCGAACCAGAAACAGAGAAAAUUGUUCUACAAGAGAUUUCCCUGUAUAUCUUCAAUUCCAAGAACAUCCCUUUACAGAAGACAAGUAACUCAAAAGAUUUGUCUUGCAGAUCAUAGUAAUGCAGAUUACCAAGAAGUGGAUAGAGAGAGACAGGAGGACAGAGAGGAAGAUGAUGGAAGUGGACCAGAGGACAAAGAGGAAGAUGGUGGAAGUGGACAUGACGACAGAGAGGAGGAGGAUGGAAGUGGACAUGAUGACAGAGAGGAAGAUGGCAGAAAUGAAUAUGAUGACAGAGAGGAGGAUGAUGGAAGUGGACCAGAGGACAAAGAGGAAGAUGGUGGAAGUAGACAUGACGACAGAGAGGAAGAUGAUGGAAGUGGACAAGACAACAGAGAGGAAGAUGGCGGAAAUGGACAUGAUGGCAGAGAGGGGGAUCAUGGAAGGGGACAAGAGGACAGAGAAGAAGAUAGUGGAAGUGGACAUCACGACCGAGAGGAAGAUGAUGGAAGUGGACAAGAACACAGAGCAGAAGAGCGGAGCCAAGCCGGAAAUCAAGAUUCAAACCAAUCGAAGAAACACCAUGAUGAUGAUCCUGUAUACCCUGGUGCUCCCAUCACAAAAGGACAGAGUCUGCUCUUACUCAUGUAAUAUGUACUGAGGCACAAUUUGACAGGGGUAGCUCUUCAGGAUCUUCUUACAAUGUUUAAUGAACAUUUCCCUGGCUUGGUGCCAGCAACCUCAUAUCUUUUUUAUAAAGCGUAUGGACAGUUUGGCCAGUAUGUGCCCCAUUUUUAUUGUAUCAACUGUGAAAGCUAUAUGGGACCCAGAGAGACAGCUCCAAAAAAAUGUUCUUCUUGUAAUGCUGAAUUUGACUUUGAGAGAAAUUUAAGGGUUGGGUCUUACUUUCUUGUACAUAGUCUAUCAACCCAAAUUGUGGACAUUGUGGAAAAAUCUGGGAUACAUUUAAAUGAAAGAGAAUCAAUUCCAGGCAUUGUUUCAGAUAUUCAGUGUGGGGCUGAAUACGAAAAACUCAAGCAGAGUGGACAAAUAGGGGCCGAUGACAUAUCAGUUCUGUGGAAUUGUGAUGGAAUUCCAGUUUUCAACAGUAAUAAUUUUCAGAUAUGGCCAAUUCAGUUUCAAGUCAUAGAGCUGUCACCAAAAGAUCGUCAAGCCAACAUAUGUAUACCAUGCUUAUGGUUUGGUAAAAGCAAGCCGAAUAUGAUCACAUUUUUAACUGCUUUUGUGGCAAAGCUCAAGGAAUUGGAACAGACUGGAGUUAAAUGGAUAGACUCUGAAAAAGUAGAGCAUACAAGCAAAAUUAAUUUACUCCUGUGCUCCUCAGAUUCAGUUGCUCGUCCCCUCCUGAGAAACACAAAACAGUUCAAUGGCAAAUAUGGGUGUGACUUCUGCCUUCACACUGGUGGUGGCCCCUAUGUCUGGGAAACCCCAGAACCACCUUUAAGGACAGAGAUGGAUCAUUUUCGGCAUGCUAUGCUGGCAACACCUGCUAAUCCAGUAAUGGGUGUGAAAGGCCCAUUCCCUUUGAUGGAACUUGAGAGCUUCAAGAUGAUCACUGGAUUCAUUCCUGAGUACCAACAAAGUGUCUGCCUGGGUGUCACUAAACAGAUUGCAUCUCUGUGGCUAGACAGUAAGCACCAUAAUGAAGACUGGUACUUGGGUGGCAAGGUCAGUGACAUAGACCAGGAGUUGCUGGCCAUUAACCCACCUGUGGAGGUCACAAGGGCACCAAGAUCAGUCAAGGAAAGAAAAUUCUGGAAGCAUCUGAGUGGAGGUCAUUUUUGUUGUUUUAUGCAUUGCCUGUUUUGAA